ACUUCGCUGUGUGAAGAUGUCAUUUGAAAUGCAUUACUGAAUUUUUUUACAUGAUGUCUUGGCCAAAGUGUUUUUUUUUUUAAUCUCAGAGUUCCACAUUUACUAUGUGUCCUCAAUUAGUAGUUGGAUGUACUCAAAUGUAUGUGCACUCUAUCCACCAACCGUUCUCUCCUCUUAAUGUUUUUAAUUUCAAAUAAGGUUGUUUUGGCUUUUUUAUUUGUUGAAGCAGUCCUUGCGACGAUAAUUUCUUCUUCGAUUUCUUCACAUUUUUUUCUGUAGCCUUUUCGCUUUGGAUGCCGUGCACUUUCUGUUUAUUUGAUUCCUAAGGAACUUAAAUUGCUGAAUUCCCGUCUUUCCUAGAACAUUUUUCUACUUCCUUCUUUUGUCGAUCAACUGAAAUAUUUCUUCUGUUGCCCAAGGUUUCUUCGCAGUUAGCUUUCUACACCUAUUAGCAUUAGAACAUUUGAAAUUGCGAUAACAGACCGCACUAUUUUCAUAUUUAUUCAUCCCCUUCUAUACAUCUACGUGUGACGUCAGGAAGAGCUUCAAGUGUUCGUGCAGAGCAUCUCUCUGUCGUCUGGUGAACAGUUUUGGCAGUAGAAUCAAAGUAUAUACUGAGAGGAUGAGAUGCGUUUCCAAAGCCGGGUAUGGCACGAAAAUACUGAAAAUCCAUUAUCUUUGAGCUGCAGUUGUUUGCUUGACUCGUAGUUCUGGAUGUUUCGUUACCUGUGAGAAUCGAGUUUUGAGUGUUGUGCAAGUGAAAUGGAUAAGGUUAAUGCAUUGAAGGACAAAGGAAAUGCCGCCCUGCAAGCGGGCAAGCUCGACGAAGCGAUUAAAUGUUAUACCGAUGCAAUAGCACUGGACAAAAAUAAUCACGUUUUAUACAGUAACCGUUCAGCAGCGUAUGCAAAAGCAGGAAAGUACUCUCAGGCACUGGAAGAUGCGGAAAAAACUGUGGAAUUGAAACCUGAUUGGGCUAAGGGUUACAGCAGGAAAGGAUCUGCUUUAGCAUAUCUGGGCCGUCUAGCUGAGUCUGUUAAAGCAUACGAAGAGGGUCUGAAGAAAGAACCUGACAAUGCCCAGUUAAAGAAAGACUUGGAAGAUGUAAAAGCUCAGCAGUUUGCUGAGAAGGGGAUGGCAAACCCAUUUAGGAUGCCAGAUUUAUUUAUUAAAUUGAGAAGUGAUCCUCGUACUCGAGCGUAUUUGGAAGAUCCUGAUUAUGUGAAAUUGAUAAAUGAACUGCAGAAUAAUCCAAAUAGCCUAGGGACCCAUUUACAUGAUACCCGAAUUUUAACAACACUAAGUGUUUUACUUGGAUUAAACAUUGAUCCUCAUGGAGAUGAAGAAAUGGAAACUGAACCUAUACCCCCUAAACCCGAAACACCAAAAAACCAGUCACAAUCGAAUACAAAACCGAAAGAAGAGAAGACAAAUGAAAAUCUCUCUGAAAGUCAAAUAAAAGCACGGAAAGAAAAAGAUCUUGGAAAUGAAGCGUACAAGAAGAAAAAGUUUGAAGAGGCUUUGAACCAUUAUAACAAAGCAGUUGAACUCGAUCCGACUGAUAUGACCUUUCUUAAUAACAUAGCAGCUGUGUAUUUUGAACAAAAGGAGUAUAAAAAGUGCAUUGAACAGUGUGAAAAGGCUAUUGAAAUUGGGAGAGAAAAUAGGGCUGAUUUUAAAUUGAUUGCCAAAGCCUUUACCAGAAUUGGGAAUGCCCACAAAAAACUUGGGGACCUGUACAGUGCAAAAACUGCAUUUGAAAAAUCCAUGUCGGAGUUCAGGAACCCUGAGGUGAAGGCUUUGCUUUCAAAUGUAGAGAGAGAGAUAAAAGAAGUGGAGCGAAAGGCAUACAUUGAUCCAGCUAAGGCAGAAGAAGAGAAGGAGAAAGGAAAUGAACUCUUCAAAAAUGGCAAUUAUGCAGAAGCUGUCAAACACUACACAGAGGCAAUAAAGCGGAAUCCUGAUGAUCCAAAACUAUACAGCAACCGUGCUGCAUGUUACACAAAACUUGCUGCAUUUGACUUGGGACUAAAAGACUGUGAGAAAUGUCUUGAAUUGGAUCCAAAGUUCACUCGAGGUUGGAUAAGAAAAGGUAAAAUUCUGCAGGGAAUGCAGCAACCUGGCAAAGCCAUCUCAGCAUACCAAAAAGCACUGGAACUAGAUCCAUCAAAUGCUGAAGCUAUUGAUGGCUACAGAACCUGUACAAUGGCAGUAAACUCUAAUCCAGAAGAAGUUCGUAAGAGGGCAAUGGCUGAUCCUGAAAUACAAGCUAUUAUGCGAGAUCCAGCCAUGAGAGUUAUUUUAGAGCAAAUGCAGAAUGAUCCGAAAGCUCUUGCAGAGCAUUUGCAAAAUCCUGAAAUUGCUUCAAAGAUUCAGAAGCUUUUGGAAUCAGGAUUGAUUGCUAUUCGUUGAUGUAACGAGAGACACUAAUUUGCUCUGACUCAUCCAUUUGAUCUGCACAGGUGUUGUAACAUCACCAGCGCUCAGUCAUCUUCGCCUGAAUUGUGUGCAUUUAUUGGCAAAUAAUGUAAUUCUUGUAUUGUCUAUGUUUCAUUGUAUUUUUAUAUUCAGGAUGUGUUAUUUAGACGACUGAUGAAUGUUUAGAAAGCCAUUUGACUAUUUGUUUUACUGCCAGGUGCACAGAUAAUUUGUUACGAGCUAACAGAAGACAGUGAUAGUGUUUAAUGACACUAGGAGAAGUUUUUUGAUUUGUUAGUGAAACAGAGAUGUUAUGUGAACUUUAAUUCCUACUGACACUGUAAAUUAUUGGCAUUAUUAUGUGACUGUUGAAAGUGCUAAUUACUGUAUUCUUUCAGAAUACAAAAUAAAAUUUAUAGGGGCAUAUGUUCCAUGAAGGAGAUAAGCCCUUUACCUUUA